AUGACAGACCCGACUCCAAAUAAAAACCGUCUCACAGCUCUCAGCACCCCCCGAGCACUCACCACCCCGAACCGCCGCGCCAUCAGCGCCGAGCCCUCCUCCCUCCGUCUAUCCGCUUCGGGCCGCCGAAACCCUAACACACCCCAUGCCCGCGCCGCCAUCCGUGCUAUAGACCAGCGACGUGCAGCUCUGUUCACACCGGGACGAGUAGGACGGCGGCGCAGUCUUGCACGCGAGCGCGAGCGCGAAACGCCGCGAGAUCUUCUGCGGAACCUUAGUCGGGUUCUCGCACCUACGUCAACGGUCGUCUCUUCGUCGUCGUCGUCGCCCCCCCUUCGCGCCAAUGAGUCGACGUUGCAGACUCUCCUCGAGGAGGGUGACGAUGACGACGACUUUCCUAUUGAGCGUCCCCGUUUUUCGUUACCCUUAGAUCGCGACGAUGACGACGAUAGCGAGUUGAAGCCUCCCCGGUCUAGCAUACUGGACGAUGAGAACUACACAAUGCAGUCGAUCGAGCUGCCUCGUCGAGCAUGGACUGAAGCACCAUUGGGUCGCUUGGAUAGGAGCAGCUUGGGCAGCGUGAGGAUGAGUGACUUUGUCGGGCCGGAAAUAGGGGACGAUGAUGAUAAUGACGUUGGUAUCGACUCGGGUUUCUUUCCCCCGCCAGCGUUAGACGAUGAUACCGGCGGGAUUGGCUUAGACGAAGAGGCUAUAUUCGAACGCAUGGAUGAGGAGACAAGACGUCAGACUAUGGGAGGCCAGGACGAUUUUGGUCCAAUUGAGAUUCCCGAUCUCGGGAACGAGAGUACCUUCGUCAUGGCCCCAGUGGAAUCCCCUACUCGAGACCCUACGAUGGCCGAGGACGUUGAGACCAGUGACGUACCUGGCUUCGACCACUACGAUGACGAUGACGAUGGCCCAGGAGACUUGAUGGAUCCACCUGGACUAGACGAUGUCGAUGAUGUUGAUAACACUGAUAACACUGAGGCGUUACAGGACACGAUCAUCUCCCAAGUUGCUGAUCAUCGAGCGCAAAGAAGCGCCGGAAGAAGGAAACCUGGCAAGAAAAUCUCGCGACAUGGUAUUGAAUACCCUUCUCUCCCCGUGGGUGUAGUAAAGCGGCUGGCAACAACACUCGCCAAGACGGCAGGGGUCAGCAAGGCAAAGUUGAGUUCAGAUACGGUAGAUGCCAUUAUGCAAGCGACGGACUGGUAUUUUGAGCAGCUGGGGGACGAUUUAUCGGCCUACGCAAGACACGCAGGUCGCAAGACAAUCGAUGAGAGCGACAUGAUGAUGCUCAUGCGAAGGUACGUUGUUCUACGCUCAAUUCUAGGACAACGGCAGACCAGUACCUCCACUACACCCUUCUCCUUAGCACAACGGUAUCUACCUAGGGAACUCUUACAAGAGAUGCGAAUGUCAGUCCCUGCGCCGACGAAAGCUCCUCGAAAACGACAGGUCCGACAAGGGGCUGUCGAUGAGGAGGAGGAAGUUACUUGA